GCAGCACUGGUUUUUUGGCAGAGAGCAAAGCGUAAACAACUUUUGUUAAAUUCGUCUAAAACGUAGAAAAAAGAGCAUAAAACAUAAUGGAUUUAAAUAUGAAACCAUCGUUGGCCGUUGACGAGAUGUUUUCGGAGGGCGCCGGUUACAUGGACAUGGAGGAGUCUGGCAGCGCCACUGGAAUGAUGAUGGACCAUUUGCCUGCACCCACCAAUGAGAAACAUGUCCACGCUGACUUUUACAACGAUUUCGAUGACUUAUUCGAUGAUGAUGAUAACUGGGCCAAAAUUAAACGCACUGGCGAUAAUCCCAGACAGUAAUUUGUAAAGAAUGUUUACUUCUAUUUUAUUUGGCUACGCUUAGCAUAUGUAAUAUGAGUCUUAAAACUUAGAACUUGGAAAA